CGUACAUGACGUGCUUUUAUGUCGAAUACAGCACAGCCGAGUCUUUUGUUCUACGCGCUAGCCGUGUAUCACUUAUUUGUGGGAACGUUUACGAUUAUCUCGCAAUAUAGCUGCAAUUGUUGUUCAGAUUAUCAGAGGUACUGCAGCCUACCCUAUAGGUAAGUGCACUACAGAUUUGGGACAAAGAAAGCCAAGUAACGAAGAGUGCGUCUUUUCUGUCGGCCACGAAAUCACAAUGUCGGCAUCAGCUAGCGCGUCAUUUCCAGUUGAACAUCCAGACGACGCUGUCCCUCCUACAGAACCGCUGAAGACUAGUUACAUCCAUGCCACCAGUAGGCUCCCGUUAUUGGCUACCACCAUCGGGUCUCUGUUGACGGAGGCCGCCGCAGCUGACCCAGACCAUGUACCACUUAUUUACCCAGAAUACAACCAGCACCUGUCAUACAGGGAAUGGCUGCAACAGAGCGAUCGGCUGGCUAAGGGUUUCCUAGCUUUGGGCUGUGCUAAGGGAGACAGGGUUACCAUAGUGGCGUUUCCGGACAAGACAUUUCCAAUUGCAGUGUUUGCAGCGACCUCUAUAGGAAUGAUUUGUCACGCGCAAGCCUAUUUGUUUGAACCGAGAUCAAAACAUCUUGAAAUGCUCGUUAACAAGGCCAAAAUCAAUGUCAUGUUGUUAUUCCCUGGGAUAAACGAUGUUAAUGUAAAAGCUUUGAAAGAAAUCCUUCCUGACUUGGACAAGUGUGAGGGGCGGAAUAUCACAUCUGAAAGUUUACCAACCUUACACCACGUGGUCAUAGGUGAUGGAAGAGUGACCGGGUUGACUAUUGAGAGUCUGUGUACCCUGGGGGAGAGUAUCAGCGACCAGACGCUGAGAGAAGCCAAGGAUAAAGUUACCAUGGACGACAUCAGCUAUGCAUUCUGCACUACGGGCAGCACGGGAUCUCCGAAGACAGGCCUUAUUACCCACCACAGCACCGUAAAUUCGAUGAAAUAUACAUAUAUGAGAAAUGGAAUCGGAGCUCAGCACGCAGUUGUAGGGCUCAUGAGCAGCGCAGUAGACGACAUCCAGAUUGACUGCGUCGUGUGGGCGGUGAGGGAUUAUAAGAUACGCCCCAAAGCAGUAGUGUUUCCGUCCACGCUUUGGAACGCUUACUACGACCAACUUGGGCUCACGGAGGAGGAGGGGUGGGGAGUAGACGAUCUACUCAGGACGAUACAAGAUUACAAAAUUACGCAUGCCGAUGUUUACCCGCAGUUUUGGGCAAAAAUUUUGGAACGCCCUGAAUUAUUGAAGAAGUAUGAUAUAUCGUCGCUAAAACGAGGCACCUGGACUGGCACGUACUUGAGCGAGAAUUUACAGAAACAAAUGUCACAGUUAAUCCCAGAAUUUACGAAUGGUUUGGGCCUGUCAGAAGUGUAUUACGUUUCAAUGACUUACCCUCGUGACUCUAACCCCAGCCAUAGAUUUGGAUCCAUGGGAUUUCCCAUUGGCCAUACGGAGGUGAAAAUAGUGGAUGAAACCAAUGAGAAUAUUGUUCCAAUUGGGACAGUUGGUGAAAUUUACGUCCGUAGCUUUGCCGUGCUGCUUCGAUAUGACGAUGAAGAGCAGACAAAAAAGGCAAAAACACCAAGUGGCUGGUAUAAGACAGGUGACAUGGGCAAAAUGGACGAGCAGGGGUUCAUAUACUUUAUGGGGCGCAAAUCUCAAACCAUGAUGUACAACCACUAUUCCGACAAAGUGUAUCCUCAGCCCAUUGAGGAAACCGCCAUGAAACACCCUAAAGUCAAAGAGGCCGCGGUUGUCGGACUCCCAAAUGGUGCAUUUGGUGACACCAUCAUUCUUUGUGUGAUCUUGGAACCGGGGACAACUUUGACAACUGACGAACUUUACGACUACUGUAAAAAGGAACUUCUAGAAUAUUAUGUACCGGAUGAGUUUUAUAUCUUUGACAAAUUCAUAAAAAUUGGCCCAAGGCACAAGGUAGAUAAAAAGCAGCUUCUUGAGGACGUGAAGCAGAUGAAAGCUAAAACAUCCGAGGCAGCAUGAGUUCCAUGACAAAUGAGGAUAAUUUUUAAAUCAAUGUGAUAAAAAGAUGUCUCAAACACUAGAUUCUUUGGUCUGACAUGUACUUUAUUUUUUGCACCGUGUAAAAAUACAUGUACAAUUUAAUCUUUGUGUACAUUCAAGGACACUAGACCUGACCGAAUGCAUUUUUUACAAUAAUGCUUUUUAUGUCACUUUUUAAUAAGUUAUUUUAUUAUACGAUGAGUGACGCACCCUUCAGUGGAGCUAAUUUUCACAGUAGGCAAUUGUUGAAUCACAAAUUUUAACGAGGUUAAAGAUUGGUUCUUAUAUCUUUAACUUAGUUGUCUUUAAAUGACAAUUUUAACUCAAUUAAAUUAAAUUAAACUGAACUAAUUUAUUCAAUUUUAAAAUAAAUAGGUAUUCUUGAUGUUUGA